UUUUCUGACUCAAAGUUACGAAACCUUUAUCACAUGGAUCCACUUUUCUCUCUCAAAAAAGAGGUGUGACAAAUGCACCUUAAAGAAAAAUCCAACCCAACACACUUUGUUCAAUACAUGCCUCCCUUACUUGUAUAUCAUUAAACUUAUAUAUGACAAGAAAUUCAUAAUCCCUUUAAAGAAUUAAUGGCCUUCAACAACAAAUCCAAGAAGACUAAUUCACCUUCACAUUUCAAUUUCUGCAUCACCCUUUUCUCCAUUUCCUUCUUCAUUAUACCAACUUUUUUCCUCCUCAACAAUUCCACAUCAAACUCCAAAUGCACCAACCUUACCAAAACUUUUUCAGGCGAUCUUCGUUCAGCCGAGUUUUCAUGGAACAGCCUUUCAUUUUCACAACAUGGCAACCCUUCACCUGUAAUUCUCAAAAUUGCAGUCUUUUCUAGAAAAUGGCCUAUGGGAACCGUUCCAGGCGGCAUGGAACGCCAUGCUCACACCCUUUACACCGCUUUAGCUCGCCGUGGACAUCAAGUUCAUGUCUUUACUUCCCCUUCAGAAGAUAAAACAACAACAACAACUUCAAUCUCUUCAAAAGGCUCACCUUCUUCACCUUACAUUCAUUUUCAUGAAGGUGAGCCCGGUAAAUGGCGUUACAACAAAGCAUUUGAACUUUUUCUUGAAGAAAACCAAAGAGAUCAACCUUUUGAUGUUGUUCAUUCAGAAAGUGUAGCACUUCCUCAUUGGCUUGCAAAAGAUCUUCCAAAUCUUGUUGUAUCCUGGCAUGGCAUAGCAUUGGAAAGCUUGCAAUCGAGCAUUUUUCAAGACUUGGCUCGUCUACCAGAUGAGCCAAGAUCACAGGAUUUUGAAAAAGGAUUACAAGGGGUUGUUCCUAAGGUUCUAAAUGAGAUAAGAUUCUUCAACAAAUAUUCUCAUCAUGUUGCUAUUAGUGAUAGUUGUGGUGAGAUGUUAAGAGAUGUUUACCAAAUUCCAAGUAGAAGAGUUCAUGUGAUUCUCAAUGGUGUUGACGAGGAAGAUUUUAGAGAAGAUGCUGAAUUAGGAAAAGAGUUUAGAACCAAAAUUGGGAUUCCAAGUAAUGCUAGUUUAGUAUUUGGAGUAGCUGGAAGAUUAGUAAAGGAUAAAGGUCAUCCAUUACUUCAUGAAGCAUUUUCAAGGCUUAUAACAAAGUACACCAAUGUGUAUUUGAUUGUAGCUGGUUCUGGACCAUGGGAGAAUAGGUAUAAGGAUAUCGGGAACCAAGUUCUUGUUCUUGGAUCAAUGAAUCCUUCUAUGUUAAGAGCAUUCUAUAAUGCUAUUGAUAUUUUUGUUAAUCCUACAUUAAGACCACAAGGACUUGAUCUUACACUGAUGGAGGCUAUGAUGAUUGGAAAGCCACUUUUGGCAUCAAGGUUUCCAAGCAUUAAAGGUAGUAUUCUUGUUGAUGAUGAAUUUGGUUACAUGUUUUCUCCAAAUGUGGACUCACUUCUGGAAGAACUUGAACAAGUUGUAAAAGAUGGUAAGGAGAGGCUAGAAAGGAGGGGAAAUGCUUGCCGUGAAUACGCAAAUUCUAUGUUUACUGCAAAAAAGAUGGCAUUAGCAUAUGAGAGACUAUUCCUAUGCAUAAAAAGAGAUACAUUUUGUACCUAUCCUUGAGGUUAAUUUAGGCUACUGAUACUGUUCUUUUUCUUUCUGUAAUUUUCUUUUUUCUGUUUUUUUAAUUCAAUAUGACAUGACUAUAUCAUAAUUUU